GGCGCAUGCGCGCCCGGUGGCGGGGCACUGUAGCCGGGAGAAGCCCCGGCACGGCUGGCACUGCGGGCUGCGCGCGUGCGCCGUGGCGAGCUCGGCGCUGGCCUGGGUCGCCGUGCGGAGAGCAGGAGUGGUGAGCGCCGGAGAGGGCCGCGGGGAUGUUCCGCAAGGCUCGGCGGGUGAACGUGCGCAAGCGGAACGACUCGGAGGAAGAGGAACGAGAGCGGGAUGAGGAGCAGGACCCGCCGCCGCUGUUGCUGCCGCCGCCGGGCGCCGGCGAAGACGCGCCGGGCCCCGGGGGAGAGUCGCUGCUGGGCCCCGGGCCGCCUUCGGCGCUCACCCCGGGCGCCGCGGCCGAGACCGGAGGGGCCUCCGGCUUCCCCGGCGCCGCGGAGCCCGGCAACGGGCUGAAGCCGCGCAAGAGGCCUCGCGAGAACAAAGAGGUGCCCCGGGCCAGCCUGCUGAGCUUCCAGGACGAGGAGGAAGAAAACGAAGAGGUGUUCAAAGUGAAGAAAUCCAGCUAUAGCAAAAAAAUAGUGAAGUUGCUCAAGAAAGAAUACAAAGAAGACCUCGAGAAAUCCAAGAUUAAGACCGAACUCAACUCAGCCGCUGACAAUGAACAGCCACUGGACAAAGCCGGACAUGUUAAGGAUGCAAACCAAGAAGAUGGAGUUCUCAUUGGUGAGCAUGGCGACGAUGAGAUGGACAUGGAGAGCGAGAAGGAGGAGGAGAAGCCCAAGGCCGCGGGGGCCUUCUCCAAUGCGCUCUCGUCUCUGAAUGUUCUCCGGCCAGGAGAAAUUCCAGAUGCAGCUUUUAUACAUGCAGCAAGGAAAAAGCGCCAAAUGGCCCGAGAACUGGGAGAUCUCACGCCUCAUGAAAAUGAGCCUGGGAAAGGCCGCCUGGUGAGAGAGGACGAGAAUGACGCCAGCGACGAUGAGGAUGAUGACGAGAAACGGCGUAUCGUUUUUUCUGUGAAGGAAAAAUCACAAAGGCAAAAGAUUGCUGAGGAAAUAGGUAUUGAGGGGAGUGAUGACGAUGCUUUGGUAACAGGAGAGCAAGAUGAAGAGCUCAGCAGAUGGGAGCAGGAGCAGAUAAGAAAAGGAAUUAAUAUCCCGCAGGUCCAAGCAAGUCAGCCCACGGAAGUGAAUAUGUACUACCAGAACUCUUACCAGACAAUGCCUUACGGCUCAUCCUAUGGCAUUCCUUACAAUUACACGACCUAUGGAUCGUCGGAUGCCAAAUCUCAAAAAACAGAUAAUUCAGUCCCUUUCAAAACUCCCAGUAAUGAGAUGACUCCCGUUACUAUUGAUUUGGUAAAGAAACAGCUUAAAGACAGGUUGGACUCCAUGAAAGAGUUGCACAAAGCAAAUCGGCAGCAGCACGAGAGACACCUGCAGAGCCGAGUGGACUCCACCAGGGCCAUUGAGAGAUUGGAAGGGUCUUCUGGGGGUAUUGGUGAACGGUAUAAAUUUUUGCAAGAAAUGCGAGGGUAUGUCCAAGACUUGCUUGAGUGUUUCAGUGAAAAGGUGCCACUGAUUAAUGAACUUGAAUCAGCAAUACAUCAGCUGUACAAACAGCGAGCUUCCCGCCUUGUCCAAAGACGACAAGAUGAUAUUAAAGAUGAAUCUUCGGAGUUUUCAAGCCAUUCAAAUAAAGCUCUGAUGGCACCAAAUCUUGAUUCCUUUGGUCGUGAUCGGGCAUUGUACCAAGAACAUGCAAAACGUCGGAUUGCAGAGCGAGAGGCCAGGAGGACUCGGCGUCGGCAAGCCCGAGAGCAAACCGGGAAGAUGGCUGAUCACCUUGAAGGCCUUUCGAGUGAUGACGAAGAAACGUCCACAGAUAUUACUAAUUUCAACCUGGAAAAAGAUCGAAUAUCCAAAGAGUCCAGCAAGAUUUUUGAAGAUGUCCUUGAGAGUUUCUCCUCCAUCGACUGUAUUAAGUCACAGUUCGAAGCAUGGCGUUCAAAAUACUACACUUCCUACAAAGAUGCUUACAUUGGCCUUUGCCUGCCCAAGCUGUUCAACCCUCUCAUACGGCUGCAGCUGCUCACCUGGACUCCUCUGGAGGCAAAAUGUCGUGACUUUGAGAAUAUGCUGUGGUUUGAGUCUUUGUUGUUCUAUGGUUGUGAGGAACGUGAGCAAGAGAAAGACGAUGUGGAUGUUGCCCUGCUACCUACCAUUGUGGAGAAGGUGAUUCUUCCUAAGCUGACAGUGAUAGCUGAAAAUAUGUGGGAUCCUUUUUCUACAACACAGACUUCAAGAAUGGUUGGAAUUACACUAAAGUUAAUAAAUGGGUAUCCUUCAGUAGUAAAUGCAGAAAAUAAAAAUACACAGGUAUUCCUAAAGGCACUUUUAUUGCGAAUGAGAAGAACUUUAGAUGACGAUGUGUUUAUGCCUUUGUAUCCCAAAAAUGUCUUAGAAAAUAAAAAUUCGGGGCCUUACUUGUUUUUCCAACGACAGUUUUGGUCUUCAGUUAAGCUAUUAGGAAAUUUCCUUCAGUGGUACGGCAUUUUCUCCAAUAAAACUCUACAGGAGUUAUCAAUAGAUGGUCUCUUAAAUAGAUACAUUCUUAUGGCUUUUCAGAAUUCAGAAUAUGGCGAUGACAGCAUCAAAAAAGCCCAAAAUGUAAUUAACUGCUUCCCCAAGCAAUGGUUCGUGAAUCUGAAAGGAGAAAGAACUAUUUCUCAAUUAGAAAAUUUUUGUCGAUAUCUUGUACACCUAGCAGAUACAAUUUAUAGAAACAGUAUGGGGUGCUCAGAUGUGGAAAAAAGAAAUGCAAGAGAAAACAUAAAACAGAUAAUAAAACUUCUUGCAAGUGUUCGAGCUUUGGAUCAUGCUAUGACUGUUGCAAGUGACCACAAUGUGAAAGAAUUUAAAUCUUUGAUCGAAGGAAAAUAGAUCUGUGAGACUGAAAAACCUGUUUGUUUUAAUACCAUUCCCAGUGUAUAAAUUUUGUAUAUAUGUAAAGUUUCUUAAGCUGUAAAAUACUGAUUCUUGUUUUAAUACAGAAAACAUUAUAUUCGAUACUGUGUCCUUAAAUUCGAUUUCUUCAGAAUGAAAGGAAUUGAGAUUAUUUCUAGAAGUCUUUGAAUGUUUUCCUUACUGCCUGUCAUACCUUGUUUACAAAAGUAUUUUGUAUGGUCACUCAAAUGAACCCUUUUACUUAAUUGCCCUCUGUAAGCAAUGUGUGUAGUGUAAGUAAUUGUGCGUAUAUGUUUAUACCGCCAUGGGCUUACUUUCACACUGGAAAUUGGCUGUGUUGUCUGCAGAGGAAGCCUUUUAGCAGAGGGAAAUUACUCUGUAGCAAAUGAUUUUAGGAAGUUACUAUACUGUUGCAACAAAAGGGCUGGCAGGUGACUAAGCCAAAUGACCUUUUGAUUGGAGAAGUUAUCCCUGUAGCUGUCUGUGCUGCCUUAAAAUGGAGAGUUGAGUUCUGGACUUAGUCUCUGAGUGAAUGUUAAACUUUGUCCCUUGAAUUGGCAUUAACUGUCAAGUGCAGGUUUAAUGUGAACUCUAAUAUAUGCAACAUAGUUUCGAGUGAAACAUAGAAGUUUCGGUUUUGAAAUACUGAACCCACAACCUAACUGCAUGGUUUGGGCUGACUGUCCUGUCUCAAUCAUUUUUCUCCCUGCCCAGCUUAUGGAUACAGCAUUUAAAUUUUAAAUAGUCUCAUUAUAUUUAAAAUUCCCACAUAUGUGAGUUAUAUAUGCAAUAAAGGUUAUGCCUUGCUGAUUAGCCACACCCAGGCAAUUUAAUAUCCAUGGUCCUCUAUAAUGUUUAUACCACAUUGUAAAUAUUCAGAGAACUUGUUUUAAAGUUUAUGCUUUCCAAUUCUGUGAUUUUCAAAAAAGGAACUUUUUGGAAAUUAAGGACUAUUGUUUGAUAAUUGUAUAUGUAAUUAAGCUGUAGCCAAGCAUUAAAUUAAUUUUUAAGUAUA